UCCUUCUCGUCUCGUCAUCAUCGCAUGUUGCCUCUCCACUUCUACUGUACGAAGAUAAAUAACAAGUUUCACUUCUUUGUCUCUUGUUUUACAACUUACACGAUUCUCACCAACAAUAAAUUAGUUUACGAAUGAUACCCAAGAUUUCUAGUGACCAGCCGGACAUAUAAAGGCCUCACUAAUCACACGAUUAGUUGAUUCAUCUUCGAGUACAUGACCCGACAUAAUUCUACUUCGACUAAAAACAAAAUAUUCCAUCUUAAGACACAACAUUCAACCGAACAUUCGACUGAAACAACCACAAAUCUACCCUCAAAAUGACAUCCCGAAUGGAAUUUACAGACCGGGGCAAAAAGGCCCUGGAAGACGCAAUGGCUUUAGCUGAGCAAUAUGCUCAUUCACAAUUAUUACCGGUUCACAUCGCGGUCUCACUUUUAGACCCCCCGCCGGAUCAAUCCAAGGACCAGCAAAACACACAACCCGGCACAACUAACAGCCUCUUCCGACAAGUAGUUGAGAGAGCACAUGGUGACCCUCAAUUAUUCGACAGAGCUCUCAAGAAGACCUUAGUCCGUCUACCAAGUCAAGAUCCCCCACCAGAGACGGUAACUAUGUCACCUUCUUUCCAGAGCGUUCUUAGAAAGGCGCAAGAGCUGCAAAAGACACAAAGAGAUACUUAUAUCGCAGUCGACCACAUAAUAACUGCGCUUGCCGAGGACGCGACGAUCGCCAAUGCUCUCAAGGAGGCUAACAUACCAAAACCCAAACUGGUCCAGGAAGCAGUCCAAACUAUUCGCGGGACGAAGAGAGUGGACUCGAAAACCGCCGACACCGAGGAGGAGCAUGAAAACCUCUCCAAAUUCACCAUUGACAUGACGGCCAUGGCAAGGGAAGGUAAAAUCGACCCCGUCAUUGGAAGAGAAGAGGAGAUCAGACGAGUUAUUCGAAUUUUAUCACGACGAACGAAGAAUAACCCCGUACUGAUCGGUGAACCCGGUGUUGGUAAAACCACCGUUGUCGAGGGCUUAGCCCAACGUAUUGUUAACGCCGACGUACCUGAUAACCUUGCUGCCUGCAAAUUGCUCUCCCUCGAUGUGGGUGCUCUAGUCGCAGGCAGCAAAUACCGUGGUGAAUUCGAAGAGAGGAUGAAGGGCGUUCUCAAGGAGAUUCAGGAGUCCAAGGAGAUGAUCGUUCUCUUUGUCGACGAAAUUCACCUUUUGAUGGGUGCUGGUGCUUCAGGUGAGGGUGGCAUGGACGCUGCUAACCUAUUGAAGCCAAUGCUUGCUCGUGGUCAAUUACACUGCAUUGGUGCGACUACUCUUGCCGAGUAUCGAAAGUACAUUGAAAAAGACGCUGCUUUCGAACGACGAUUCCAACAAGUUAUCGUCAAGGAGCCCAGUAUCCCUGAGACCAUUUCCAUUCUUCGAGGUCUUAAGGAGAAGUACGAAGUUCACCACGGUGUCAGCAUCGCCGACGCUGCUAUAGUAGCUGCUGCCAACCUUGCUGGCCGCUACUUGACCUCUCGUCGUCUACCUGACUCUGCUGUGGACUUGGUUGACGAAGCCGCAGCAGCAGUGAGAGUUGCUCGAGAAUCUCAACCCGAGAUUAUCGACUCUCUGGAGCGCAAAUUGCGACAGCUCAAGAUUGAAAUCCAUGCGCUAUCCCGAGAAAAGGACGACGCUUCUAAGGCUCGACUCCAAAUUGCCAAGCAAGACGCGGAGAACGUCGAAGAGGAGUUGAGACCACUCAGAGAGAAGUACGAGAGCGAACGACAACGCGGUAAAGAUAUUCAGGAGGCUAAGAUGAAACUUGACCGACUAAAGGUUAAGAUGGAGGACGCAGCUAGAAUGGGCGACCACGCUACAGCUGCAGAUCUUCAGUACUACGCUAUCCCCGAGCAAGAACACCAAAUCAAGGAUCUCGAGCGCCAGAAAGCUGCUGCUGAUGCGGCUUUGAGCCACAAUGACAUCGGCGGCUCCAUGAUUACGGAUGUUGUUGGACCAGACCAAAUCAACGAGAUUGUAUCGCGAUGGACCGGUAUUCCUGUCACGAGACUUAAGACUUCCGAGAAGGAAAAGCUUAUCCAUAUGGAAAGGGCACUCGGAAAGAUCGUCGUCGGACAGAAGGAAGCAGUUCAAGCAGUCUCCAACGCCAUCCGACUGCAACGAUCGGGGCUCAGCAACCCCAACCAACCGCCCAGCUUCCUCUUCUGCGGUCCAUCUGGAACUGGUAAGACUCUACUUACCAAGGCUCUAGCGGAGUUCCUAUUCGAUGAUUCGAAGGCAAUGAUUCGGUUCGAUAUGUCUGAAUACCAAGAACGUCACUCGCUCAGCAGAAUGAUUGGUGCACCUCCCGGAUACGUUGGACAUGAUGCUGGUGGCCAGCUUACUGAGGCUCUCCGCAGGAAGCCCUUCUCCAUCUUACUAUUCGAUGAGGUUGAGAAGGCUGCAAAGGAAAUCCUAACAGUUCUUCUGCAACUCAUGGAUGACGGUCGUAUCACAGAUGGUCAAGGACGUGUCGUCGACGCCAAGAACUGCAUUGUCGUCAUGACCUCCAAUUUGGGUGCUGAAUACCUAGCUCGCCCAGCUGGUCGUGAUGGAAAGAUUGACACGACGACCCGAGAACUGGUUCUGAACGCGCUACGCAAUUACUUCCUACCUGAGUUCCUCAACCGUAUCAACUCGACCGUCAUCUUUAACAGGCUUACGAGACGUGAGAUUCGCAAGAUCGUCGACCUAAGGCUUUUGGAGAUACAGAAGAGACUCAACGACAACGAUCGCAACGUGCAGAUUGAAGUUACGGAGGAAGCCAAGGAUUACCUAGGCAACGCUGGUUACUCGCCUGCCUACGGUGCCAGACCUCUAGCCAGGCUCAUCGAGAAGGAAGUCCUUAACCGCUUGGCGGUACUAAUCCUUCGCGGUGGUAUCAAGGAUGGCGAGAGCGCAAGAGUCGUCAUGGUCGGCAACAAGAUAUCGGUCUUGGCCAACCACACCGACAGCGAGUUAGGUGAUGGUGAUGACGAAGACAUGCUUAUUGAUGAAGAAGACGCAGUAGAGGAUAUUGCGCCCGAAGACAUGGACGAAGAUAUCUACGACGAUUAAAGGAGUUUUGACCCGAUGCAUGAUGCCCAAGAUUGAUUACGAGGAAUGAUUUAUGAGUCACUAUCGCGAUUGCAUUACAUAUAAAGGAGCCAGAGGAAUCCAUAGGGGGGGAUGAAAGGAGCAUAUAUCCUUCAAUGCGAAAAAGGAGGCUGGCAAAUUUGAUUUCACCAAGUAUGGUUAUAUGAUUACGGAGUUUUGGGCGCAAUGGUUGAGAACAAGCUAGUUAAUUAGCUGGCAUCAUGGCAAGCAAGCAAGUAUGGAAUGUCUUUACUUAGCUAGAUUUAAUGCAAUAAUUUUAAGAAUGAUGA